UUCCUGGGUUGUUCACAGCAUUUAACUCAGAAGUUCUAGAUUUCGAAUUUCACAAGUUUCUUUUUUUUUUAUCCCAAAAGAUCCCAACUUCAAAGGCUGAUCAAAAGAGGGAGCCCAAAGAAAUGAAGGAAUCAGAAAAGAACUUGGAUCCUCAGCUGUGGCAUGCCUGUGCUGGAUCCAUGGUUCAAAUCCCACCAGUGAACUCCAAAGUCUUCUACUUUCCUCAAGGCCAUGCUGAACACUCUCUCUCUUUUGUGGAUUUCUCAUCUCCUCCACAAAUCCCGGCUCUUGUUCUUUGUCGAGUGGCUUCUGUCAAAUAUUUGGCUGAUGCUGAAACUGAUGAAGUAUAUGCCAAGAUCAUGCUUAUACCAUUGCCAAACAGUGAGCGUUAUUUUGAAGACGAUGCGGUUUCGGGUGGUGGCUUUAAUGGGUCUGAUAAUGUAGAAAAGUCUGCUUCUUUUGCUAAGACAUUGACUCAAUCUGAUGCAAACAAUGGGGGUGGUUUUUCUGUUCCAAGAUAUUGUGCUGAAACCAUUUUUCCAAGAUUGGAUUACUCUGUGGAUCCUCCUGUUCAAACUGUUAUUGCCAAGGAUGUUCAUGGUGAGAUUUGGAAGUUUAGACAUAUUUACAGGGGGACUCCUAAGAGACAUCUGUUGACUACUGGCUGGAGUACUUUUGUAAACCAGAAAAAACUUGUUGCUGGGGACUCAAUUGUGUUCUUGAGAGCUGAAAAUGGUGAUCUUUAUGCUGGGAUUAGGCGAGCAAAGCGUGGAAUUGGAAAUGGAACUGAGUCUAGCGCCCCAGGUUGGAAUACUGGUCUUGGAAAUGGUAAUGAUGUUAGUCCUUAUGGAGGGUUUUCAGCUUUCCUGAGGGAGGAUGAGAGUAAGAUAAUGCGAAAUGGGAAUUUGGGUUGUGGUGGGAAUUUGAGAGGAAAGGGAAAAGUGAGGCCAGAGGGUGUUUUGGAGGCAGUUGCAAUUGCUGCUGGUGGCCAGCCAUUUGAGAUUAUUUAUUAUCCUAGAGCAAGCACACCGGAGUUUUGUGUUAAGGCAUCUGCAGUAAGGGCGGCAAUGAGGAUUACUUGGUGUUCUGGGAUGAGGUUCAAGAUGGCUUUUGAGACUGAGGAUUCUUCUAGGAUUAGCUGGUUCAUGGGGACUGUAUCUUCUGUUCAAGUUGCUGAUCCUGUCCGGUGGCCUAAUUCACCAUGGCGGCUUCUCCAGGUGAGAUGGGAUGAACCAGAUUUGUUGCAAAAUGUUAAGCGUGUGAGUCCCUGGUUGGUUGAAUUGGUAUCAAACAUGCCUGCCAUCCACCUCUCACCCUUCUCAACACCAAGAAAGAAGCUGCGGGUCCCCCAACACCUUGACUUUCCCCUUAAUGGACAAUUUCCUGUGCCAUCAUUUUCGGGCAAUCCCCUUGGGCACAGAAGCCCCUUGCAUUGUUUAUCUGAUAAUGCUCCUGCAAGCAUACAGGGAACCAGGCAUGCACAAUUUGGAUUAUCUUUAUCAGAUCUCGAUCAUAAACAUAAACUGCAGUCAGGACUGUUUCUAUCCAGUUUUCAGCGGUUUGAUCCUCAGUCUAGAAUUUCUGAUGGCAUCAUGACGGCAAGGUGCACAAACAGUGAUGAGAAUCUAUCUUGCUUGUUAACAAUGGGGAAUUCUAGUCAGAAGCAUAAGUCUGAUAACAGAAAAAGACACCAGUUUUUACUCUUUGGUCAGCCAAUACUUACUGAGCAGCAGCUCUCUCGGAGCUGUUCAAGUGAAUCUGUCUCACAAGUUAUUAAUGCAAAGAGUUCAUUAGAUGACAAUGCAGACAAAACAAAAGAUUCUUCUGAUAAUUCUGGGUCUGCUUUUGAGAACCACUUUUCUCCAGAGAAAUCAUCUAAAUCAUCUACCGCUGAAUUUUUGUGGCACCAGGACUAUCGAACCACAGAACCUGGGCUGGAUACCGGUCAUUGCAAAGUAUUCUUGGAGUCACAGGAUGUGGGACGGACUCUUGACCUCUCGGUUCUUGGUUCUUAUGAAGAGCUAUACAGGCAGUUGGCCAACAUGUUUGGAAUAGAAAUAUCAGAGAUGUUGGACCAUUUGCUGUAUCAAGAUGCAACAGGUGCUGUCAAACAAACUGGAGAUGAACCAUUCAGUGCUUUUAUGAAGAUAGCCAAAAGAUUGACAAUAAGGAUGGAUUCAGGCAAUGAUACUGUUGGAAGGACAUGGCUCACAGGCAUGCGAACUGCUGAAAAUGGACUAGAAGGGCCCGACAAGACAGGUCACUUGAGCAUAUUUGGAUGAUUCGGAGCCAAUGUUGAAAACCAUGUAUGUAUCUUUCAACAAUUCAUAGAACAGUAUAAAGACUUUUUAGCUCCCGUUAGGGGAUGUCUGUAUAGGUUUCUUGUCCAAGUAUUUUGUGUUCAAACGAACAUUGAUAACCAUGUUGAUGUCCAAGUAUUUUGUCUGUGUAGGUUUCUUAUAAUUUGCUGAAGCUUUAUCAGUUUAUUUUGAUGUUAAUCAUGACUCCAUCCAUGCAAAGUGCAAUUGUAAGGAAUACUGUUUUGUGCCAAAUAAUUGCAUGUUCUAACCAGUAUGAUUCAAGAAGCAAGACCUUCGGAUCUUAAUGAAAGGAAAAAAAAAAACAAAAAUAAGGUAAGAAAAUGGGACAGCUUGGAAUCAUAAACAAGAAAGACUUGACUGUUCCAACAGUUGACUUCCCAGCUGGGUUUGGUCUGGUUCUGGUUUGAAAUAA